AUGGCUCGUCUGACUGACCUGCCCNCCGAAAUUCGACUGAAGAUCUAUGAACUCAUGCUGGUCGAUCCCAUCCGAGAUGGGUUGCGCAUCACCUUAACAUCAGACCGUCUCGACAGCACCAAGACAACAUGGGGCCGGGCUCGUUGUGUACAAUCUGACCAGUCACACAAAGAAGGACACACCGCUCAUCCCUGCCGCAUCGACGUCUCGCCGUUUACUCUACAUCACCUCGACUUCACCGACCUGCUAUCUUUGGCCAGUGCCAACAGGGCAUUGUACCUAGAAGCCAGUCAGACGAUGUACAACAACGCAUAUCUCACUUACUCGUUUGGUCAACUCCCACCUGCCGCCAAAUUUCUGAAAUCUUCCUCUGCCUUCACACCCCUCGGUCGCUACUUCGAAGAACACAGUUCCAUAACCUGCGCUAUGCUCAUCUCUCUGGUCAUCCACGAUGGACCCGCCACUAUAACUUCUCGCGACAUGAAAUUUGUUGUCGAUCUCAUCAACUCUCGCCUUCCCAAUCUGCGCGUCUUUGGAUACCAGAUCGAUGAGGAUACUGCAGUUUCGCCAUCAGAACUUGACCGCGGCUCUUAUCGCAGAAUUUGUCGUACAUUUGGGACUAUCCAACCUUUGGCUCAACUCAAGGUCGGUGUUUGCGCAUUUCUCGAGCUACCUGUCUCUUCGAGACUCGCCUCAACAAACCCACAGUCGUACCAGGCGAUUUGCUCACUAAGAGAACUCACCUGUGAACAUGCUAUGAGAACUAUCAUAGACAGGGUCGAGAGCCGCCGUCUCAUGCACGAUUUCCAUGAAGAGGCGCUGGACCGUGGUUCGUAUCUUCAAGUCACUCUAGCCCUUCGUUCGAUGUCAGCUACGAAGAAACGGGUCAGAAAGGAAACAGCUCUCUUGGAGGAGUUGUUGGUUGGUAUGCACAGGUUUGGCAACCUUGACCGUAACUACCGUGAUAUGCUUUCGGAUCUUCGUCGUUUCCAAUGA